AUGACACUCUCCUCCCACCUAUUCCCUUUACUUCUAUCUCUUAAUUCCUCUUCCUUCUAUUUCUCCUCCUUCCACAUUCUCCAUAUGCUUUUCUUCUUGCUCUUCAAAUACUUCCCCCUCUCGAUUAUUCCUUUUCCUUGCCCUUCGUUCUCCUCCUACAGCUUUUCUUCUUGCUCUUCAAAUACUUCCCCCUCUCGAUUAUUCUUUUUCCUUGCCCUUCGUUCUCCUCCUACAACUUUUCACAUCACUUCUUCUUCUUCUUCUUUCCUUUCUUUUCUUUUUAUUUACUUUUAUUUAUUUUCUUUCCACUCUUUUUCUCCCCUUUCUUUCUCCCCUCUAAUCUGCGUCUUCACCUUUCUUCGUUUUUCUUUUUACCUUCUUUUAUUUCCACCCCUUUCACAUUCUUUUACUUUUUCCACAUUCCCCCUCUUUUUGCAUUUAUUUUCAUUUCCUUCUUUCUUCAAUUUUGAAUCAGCUUCUUCCUCUUUUUCGGUUUUUUUUUUUACCAUUACCCCGCUUUCUUUUUCCGCGACAUUUUUCUUUCUUUCUCUUCCUCCGCCUACUACUCUCUUCGUUCUCUCCUCCUCCAUUCUGCCUUCACCGAUUUCUCUCCCUCCCUCGCUAUAA